AUGUCUAGGAGGCUCUCCUCUUACAUGCUGCUCUUAUUCUUCAUCACGCUCAUUGCCACCGCCACAGCAGCACCUCUCAACUCAGGAGGCAUAGACUCAUUCGUUCCGAGCUGUGCGGCCCAGUGCUUCGAUUCAUUCCUCAAGAUCAGCUAUGCAGACCGCCCUCCCAAGACAUUGCCCGCGCUUUGCCCGCGCCUGGGAGCGAAUGGCUUCACGAUUGGAGAGGCGGCCGUCCAGUGUCUUGUCGCGGAGAGAGCGGCAGGGGCCUGCUCUCAACAGGUCGCAAGCGACGCCGUGAUUGACAGGGCCUUUUUCAUGUGCUUUGGCCAGCCUGGUGCCAUCUCACCCACCCACUCCGUCAUCACAGCCACCCUUGCCGUGCCGAUAACUGGCACAGGCCCGAUUACAUUUCCGCCAGCAUCGAAGACGAGAAGCACUACGAUUCCUACGGCUAUCCCUAGACAGUCACGGUCAUCCGUCUCUCUGCCGUCUACGCUUGUCACGGACCCGACGUCAUUGUCCAGUCUCAGGCCCUCUGCGACUCGAUCUACCAGCGUGUCUACAACCAGAUCCGCGAGUAGAACGAGGCAAACAUCCUCAGACCCAGCCAAGUCGUCGACGACAUCCCCUCGCGAGAUUCUCACAACCGAUCCAGUGGCCCCGACCUUCACCGUGACCAGCACCUCCGCAACUGAAAGCAGUACAAGCACAGACGUUCCCGACGGCGCAUUGGGCGGACAAGGAAACAAGGAGGCUUCGAAAUCCCUUAGCACAGGACAAAUCGCCGGAAUCGCAAUCGGAUGCAUCGCAGGUGUCGGGCUCAUCGGCUUCGGCAUCGCAGUGUUCUGCCGAUGCCUCCGCAGGAGGUCCCGCUUCGGAAGGAAAUGGAGGAAAGGCGGCAGGCCUCUGAGGGACUCGGGGAGCUUUGGCACGGAAAAGGGCCCUCACGGCGGCGGUGGCGGCGGUGGUGGUGGAGGAGGAGGCACCGACUCCUGGAUCACGAACCAGCUCCGGGCGCCGCUCGACCCGGGGCUGGUGCCGACGCCGACGAAAUCGUGGUAUAACAGGGCGAGCUGGAGGCCGAGUGCCAUUGGACUUGCGAUAUCGCCUUCUCAUACGCGAGACGUGACUCGAGCGCCGACGCCGACGUCUGCACGGCCUCUGUCGAAGCUGCUUCCGGCCAAGCCCGUCAUGGAUCGCGGGCCCCCGAGGCUUGAGGUGUCGCUGCCCAGUCGAGACGGAGACUCGCAUUUCGGUGCGGCGGCAUUCAUGGGCGCGGCAGCUGGUGCAGCCUCAGGGGCGGCCAUGAGCGGCGCCAUUGCCGCGUCGUCGUCCAAGCCAUCGCAGCCAAAGGCCGAACAGAAACCCCAGCCGUUGCCUCAAUCACAGAUACAUCCCGCCUUACGCGAGCCCGCAACGGCUGAGCCAUCAAUCAGACCGCGAAACCUCACUCCUCAGAGCAAACCCCAAUCUCCCUUGCCGCUGAAGCUGCUCAUCCCCAGGACGGGCAACUUCAAGCCGUUCGUCCCCGUCGUCACCAGGCACGACAGCUCGACCACGGAGUUUGAAGAAGACGGCAGGUCCUCCUCGGUCUCGCCGGUGGGCCAGGUCUGGAGACCCCCCUCGGACGAUCCCCAAUCGGCGGCCCCUUACUACGUCGCGGACCGGAGCGGCAACUGGAGACUCGGCGACCCGGCGCGGGCUCAGGAGAUUGCAGAGCUCGAGGCGUCCAUCAGCCCGUUGACGGCCGCCCCCAAGUCCGCGGCCCCCAAGCUGGUUGCCGGACUGGGACUGGCCACGGAGGCGGCUGGCGCUCUGGCCCUCGUCAAGGCCGCGAGCCAACGAAGAGACAACAACAACAACAACAGAGCAGCAGCCGCUCAGCAAAAGAGGCAGAGUGCCCUCGGCGGCAUCAACAUGGCUCCUGAAAAGACUAUCCGAGCCGUCGAGCCGUCUCUGUCUUCGGAUGAAGACAUUCAGGGGCAGGACCAGGACCAGCAGCCAUAUGCCCCGCGACCCCUAUUCUCCGCCGCCGCCGCCGGCAACAAUAACAGCAACUUCCCCCGCCGCUCGUUAACCAACCGCCGGUCCUCGACGCGAUCAUUGACUCGUCCGAGGAUCACUUCCACAGAUAGCGGCGUGACAACCAUCUCCACGUCCACGGACGACACCGACCUGCGCUCCCCUCCCCCGCUGGAACAGCCGGGCAGUCUCUCGCCCGUGGUAGAAUCCCCGCAGGCCCUUCGGCCAAGAGAAGGCCGCUCGCCGACGCAGUAUCCCAAGAUCCCGGCCAGCCUGCAGGUCGCCGUCCCUUCUUCAGCAGGCAAUGCUGCGACUGCUGCUGUGAAAAGCGACCGUCCCGCGCAACCAAGCCCCAGCUUUGGCGCGCCUCUCGCCGCCGGCACAAUGUCAUCCGCAGGUGGCAACAUGCCCAGGCAGCAGCAGCAGCAGCAAGGCAGGAAGCUCAUGAGCCCGCGUCAGGCACAGCAAGCCCCUGACGCGAUCCGCACCGGCUCUCCCAUGAUGCGCUCAGAAAGUAUGCCCUUUCGUCCAGACAACAGCAACAACAAGCGAUACGUCCAACCUCCGCGCAGCAACACGCUCCCACAUCAACAACAACAACAACAGGACAUCCCAUCAUCCCAGCCUCCGAGGGCUUACCCCCCUCAGCAACAGCAACGAUAUCCCGCACAAUCUUCCCAGAGGCCGCCGCCGCCGUCGUCGUCCAACAACUACUCCAUGCCCUACCGUCUGCCUCCCCACCCCACAGCUUACAGACCCAACAUCGACUCCUCGGGAUAUCCCUAUCAGACUCGUCUGCCGGACCUGAUGAAUCAAGCUCCCGCAACAUACAAUCUUCCUUAUCCUCCCCAGACAAACAGAUACCCGCACCACCACCCACGGAAUCACCAGCCCCCCUUUACGCAGCAGCAACAGCAACAGCAGCAGCAAGCCUCUGGCAGACCUCUUCCACAACAGCAGCCAAGUCAGCGAGUUCAACCUCAACUUCAGCCCCAAGCUCAACAACGCCAGCAGCAGCAGCAGCUCCAACUGCAACAACGCCGACAACAACAGCAACAGCAACAGCAGCAACAAAACCUCUCCAUCCAACCCUCCUCCACCACCCAAACAUCCCUCCCACCCCCGCUCUUAACAACCACCUCCGCAACAUCAACAUCAUCAUCAUCAUCAGCAUCAGCUUCAUCCUCCCUCCUCGCAAAACGCCUCGGCCCCUCCCGCGCAGCAACCCUCACCAUCCCCGUCCCCCAAUCCGCCUCCUCAUCAAUCUACUCCACAGCCACCACCACCACCGCCAACAACAUCAACAACGCCAACAACAACAAUAGCACUAGUAGCCCAGCCGGCAGCAGAAGCAAAUGGCUCCGCCACAACUCCAUCCCCUUCCCCGCGUCGACGACGACAGCAGCCUCCCCAGGAGGAGACCCAAAAACACAGGUCUCCUCCUCGCCAAAGAGGUUCCCCCCUCCCCCGCAGGAACCCGCAGAGCUGCCCGCCACCCCCGUCUGGAAACCUAGACUUACCCCUACGAGGAGGGGAGACGACUUGUUUCUCAUUGCGCAGUAG